GCCUCGCUAGUGCGGCGCUGGCUGUGGAGGAGGGCAGAUCGCGCGGCGGGUGAUCCACACAGCGGGGACUGCCCGGAGUUGACCGACUACGGUGUGAGAGCCAUGUCAGGACGAGGGAAAUCCGGCGGCAAAGCCAGAGCCAAGGCCAAGUCUCGCUCCUCUAGGGCCGGGCUGCAGUUUCCAGUAGGCCGCGUCCACCGGCUGCUCCGGAAGGGGAAUUACGCUGAGCGGGUCGGGGCUGGCGCUCCCGUCUACCUGGCCGCCGUGCUGGAGUACCUGUCGGCGGAGAUCCUGGAGCUGGCCGGGAACGCGGCGCGGGACAACAAGAAGACCCGCAUCAUCCCGCGGCACCUGCAGCUGGCGAUCCGCAACGACGAGGAGCUCAACAAGCUGCUGGGAGGGGUGACCAUCGCCCAGGGGGGCGUCCUGCCCAACAUCCAGGCGGUGCUGCUGCCCAAGAAGACCCAGACCUCCAAGAAAUGAGAGCCGACUACGGGGAGGGGGGGUUCUUAGUAGUCGGGGGGCCUUAGGACCCAGGGCUGAGCGCUAGUUACCCCCAUUCCAGCUUCCAAAGUGUUAAUUAUCUUGUUAGAGGUAGGGGGUGCCAGUUGCCCCCAAUAUACAGCAGCCAAAGCCCAGUUUCCAGAUUUGUAAUUAAUUGCCCAUCAGUUUUGCAAAAAAUCGACUGCAGUCUGUCUGUACAAGCGCCAAUUCCCCCCCCCCCCCCCCCUUCAAAAUCUAGUUUUUACCGCAAGGGUUAAUUCCCCAAAGUCAAAUUUAACCCCCAAAGUCCCCCCUGGGUGCACACUAUGGUUAAUUCAUGUUUUGCACCCUUUUUUUUUUUUUCUAGGAUUAACUCUUUCCUGUGCUGGCAUGGAGGUAAAGCACCUCCUGUUUUACGAAGGGUUAACACACUUUUGACUUUCCCUAGUCCAAACCUUUUUAGGCGAUUUUAUCCUUUGUCCCCGUUUGUGGUCUGUCUUUGUGUUUUUGUUUUUUUUUUGGGGCGGUUUGCACUUCUGUUUUCCUGUGUUGUGACGUAUCGUAACGUUCCGCUAGUUUUGGGGGGAGGACCAUCAACGAGUUCUUGGUCGUCAGACAUCACCACCGCUUAACCCUUUCUACACCGGCGUUUUCAUUUAAAUGUGGGUGGGUGGGGGGUGUCGUUGUCAUUUUUCGGUUUCUCGUAGUGAAAGGCGCUGUCGGGUGGCGGCGGGUUGGUUAUGGUAGUCAUGUUACGGGAUUGGCGUAUUUGAGCAAAUGUGGAACGUAAGUUUUAUUUAUUUAUUUUUCUCAUGAUGCAACAAUGUUACAGAUGUUCAUAGAAAGCAACCAUAGGUGAGUUGCGUCAGUAAUCACCCCCCCCCCCCCCCCCCCCCAAUACUAACCGGAGAUGCUGAGUAGUGUUCCUAAUGGAUGUGUUGCAUAAAUCGUCACCCCCUCUCCAAACUGACCCUGCAUCGGCCGGUAUGACUAUGGGAGUAUGAUGUAGAAAAUCUGGGAAAUUUUAAAGGGAUUGUCCAGAAUUAGAAAGUGUCUGCUUUCUCGC